AUUUGGCGCUUUAAUUUGACAUUUACAAUAGCCAAAGCUGUGGAGAAAUUUCGUUCAACCAUCAUAGUUUGAAAACAGUUGUGUUAUUUUGGAAGCAAAAUAAACGGCGUCCAUUACGCGCGUUCUAUUAACAUUAAUAACGUGGUUUUAAUUACAAAUCGAUAAAAUGUCUAAUGUCUCCACGAAAAAGGUCGUCAUUCAAAUUGAAUCAGCAGCCGAACAACAGGAGAAUUUGAAGAAUCAGCGCAAGACGUUUAAGGUGCUGCAGCCGGGCGGGAUUGCCAUUGACAAAGAAAACCUGGCUGGGCGACCACAACUUGACAAACUGAGCCGCCUCAAAGCUGCUACUGAGGCCACUUUGGCUUCCACUGAUUUUGCAAAGCGCAAGAAGGUAGACACGCGUGUGUCUGAAACGCAAACAAGCCCUCAAAAACAGGGCCCCGGUGGUGAGAAGUCAACCAUAACAGCUGAGGACCUUACCAGUGAAGCAAAUCCAGGAGCACUAUAUUGGGAACAUCUAGCGGAGAAACGUCGUGUAGCCCUAGAAGAAACACUUACAGAAAAUCAACAUUUGCACGAACGAAUUGAGGGUCUUGAGGCUGAAUUGGAUACAUCACGUCAAAUGUUAGACGAGGCACGUAAUUUAGUGGAAGUAUUAACCGAAAUGCUAAACGAAAAUGAAGCAGAACGUGAGAUUGAAAGCGAUGGCGGAGUAACGGGCGGUGAAGCACAUACGGAAACGGCUGGCAAUACACUGGACGACGAUGACAAUAGUAAUACAUCCAAAUCAAGCGCUGAACCACCAAUAACUUCCGAAGACCGUAAGCGGUUGGAACAUCCUCACACACCUUAGAAAGUACAAAUAAUUGGGGAAGGCUUAUUUCCUAACAACUCGAUGUUAGCACGAUUGGAGUCGUUUCAUAUAAUUCACACUUACAUUUUUAUUAUUACAUUACUUUAUCCUUAAAUACGCUAGUUUAUUUAAACAUUUCUUGUAAUAAUGUUAGUACCCGACAAUUACGCUCAAGAGCGAAACAACGGGAGCGCUUCUUCCCGGAAUCUGCGGGGCUUCAGUGCACUACGAAAUAGCGAAUAGCUCGUACAUGUACUGCAACUGUUUUUUGAUGUUAUCCCGGUGUUAAUUACGGCUUCGAAAAUGGUUGCAUUUUCUAUCUUGCAAGUAGUACCUAGUAAUAAAUACAAACAUAAAUGAAUGUAGUUUUCGAAGAUUUGAAAUAAAUCAACUUUGCAAAAUAUAUGAA